GGAAAAAUGGAUAUUUCUUGCAGUCGGAUAUCAUUACCGGAGCGAUGGAAUAAUUGUAUCUGAUACAUCUGAGUCUAAAAAAUCCUUUUCGAAGGUCAUGGUCACGUGAUAUAAAAGAUGUAAACAAAGCAGCUUUCGGAGGCGGCUUCCAGGCUCUUAACAUGAAGUUAACAGUACAUACAGAAACUUCACACCACGAGAUACCACUUCUAGGAAAUUUUUGUUUAUUCCUUCUUUAUUUUCACCUCUCUCUCUCUCUCUCUGUGUCUUUCAAGUGGAGUGACGAGCUCCGCCUCCUCGCCCCGUGAUUGGCUGAGGCGACGGCCGCGCGGUGAAGAUAACAACAGCUGUGUUUACAAAUACAACUCGUCUGUUGCCAUUCUGCGACGCCAAUUCACGGCACUUGGAAAACACUUUUAUAGUAUCAUGUUUGCGUCGUAUCAGGAAAGAAAGGGUUCUAGGAUGAUGUGGGUUUUGGGCGUGUUGUUUUGCCACCUAAUAGCGGUGAGAGCAGGCUGUGAUAUUGAUAAAUCCGUCAGCAACCAGACCGAGAGGGACCUUCAGAACAAUUUGCUUCAGAAACUCAAGCCGAUUUUUGGCGUGAGUGCCAAAGAACUUACAGACGUGAAUGGAAAUAAAUAUGAGUUCACAGUGUGCGAGGGUGUCAGUGGGCAGCCACCUGAUGUGGGAAUGGUUAUGACGAAAUCUGGUAACAAGCCAGUUGUGCUCGGAAAGAACAGCAGGGCCCUAGUCUCAAGUCAAGAUAACUGGCUGAUGCUUACCUUGCUUGGUGGCGAAAACUACACCAGCUCUUGCAACAAAGAAGAGCGGAAAGCACACAUCAUGUUUGUGUGUGAUCGCCAACAAGCUGAGUUGGAAAUCCACACUGUUGAGAUGCUGAACAUCAGUUCUUCAUGCUACCUGCUGUUUGUUGCUAGACACAAAAGCAUCUGUGCCCCUACACCUGAAUCUGGCCUUAGUGGAGGAUCAAUCUUUCUCAUUAUAGUUCUGGUGACAUUCUGUGCCUAUUUCACCUUUGGUUUCUUCUACCUUCGGUUAGUGCGUGGUGCAAAGGGUAUUGAACAAAUUCCCAACCGUGAAUUCUGGUUUACAGUUGGCAACAAACUGGCUGAUGGUUGUGGCGCUGUGUGUCGAUGUGACCAGUACUGUGGUGCUGGAAGACCCCCAAGCUCCUAUGAUGGGUAUUCACCCAUUGAGGAACGCUUGGCACAGGAUCUUCAGAAUACAGACAGAGACUCCGCUCUCCUUAGUCCUUAGAAAAAUACUAUCUCAUUAUUGUGUUUCAGAGGUAUUAGUUAGAAUUCCUCAUUUGAAGGAUUGAAAAUUGUUAUUUUCCAUUCAGGAUGUUGGCACAGAAUUAUAGCAAUAUGAUAUAUGAAUAAUGUCAGAUAUAUUGUGCAUAUAAAAAGUGAAAAGCACCACAUAGUCUUUCGAUUGCAUAGACAUAAUCUCCCCUCAUCUCUGACCUCAUAAAUACCUGCUGACUGGGAAAUAAGGAACAAAGCUGAUGUUAUCCAUGGAGAAUGAGCUCUAAAGAAUAGAUUUCCUGUAGUGCACAAGGCUGAAAGGAGGAGCUAAAUAUUAGGGAGAUCAAUGCAAGGAAGAAAAUGCAUUUGUAUAAAAUUACAAGCUAACUAUAAAUUUGCGUAAGACAAAAAAAAUGAGAGACAAAGGCCUUAAUGUGUCAAAACAAAAAUAGAACAGUUCAUGGAAGCAAGAUAUGCAAAUUGAAAAUACAUAUAUGUAAAGGAAAAUAUACAUACAGCUGGUCCUUAAUAAGACAGAUACAUUAUAACUCUUUAGAAGUAAUGAAAAUAAGUAUAGAUCCUAUGUGUGUAUGUAUAUAAUACAUCUGUGUUAUCUCAAACUACACAGUGAUGAUUGUUUUGAAGAAUAAAACUAAAAUAGGGUUUAAAUCUCACACAAAAUUAUUUUUUACAAAAAAUACACAAAUAUGUGCAUGGUAUGUGCUGUAACAUAAAGCUGAUGAUCACGAUGAUGGAGCCACAAAUAAUGGUGCUGUCCACCAUUUAUGAAAGGAUGAAAAGAGAAUAUCCCCAUUCAGUGCUAUGUAUACCAAUAUUAAACAUUAGUAUAUUUUUUAGAACUUUUAGUGUUGUUGUUUGUACUUUUACAGUUAUUUGUUAAUUUCUUCUACACUUGAUUUUUUGUGUCUAGAUUUUAAUAUGUAAUUAGGCCAAGCCUGAGGAUAAUUAGAUUGGCAAAUUAUUAAGUUCAUGAAUGUAAAGGACCAACUGUCUAUGCAAAAUCAUACCUCAUUUUCAUUAACAGAAAAAGUUGAAAGAGAAGCGAUGUAAUAAAACAGGCCUUUACUAUGAAUAGGGAAUAGACUAUGCAACCUUUGGUGCCUCCAGAAUAUGACAUACAUAAGGAACAAGAGUAAACAUCUGAUAUUUUAUGCAUCUAUGAAUGUCUUCAAGAUGUUUGUGUGGAAAUAAUAUUUCUCCUACUUAAUAUACCCAUAUUAACAUGAAGAAUGAUAACUGAUCCUGUCAGAACAUCAGACAGUAGCAGUAGAAAGGUAUGAGGUUGGUGCAUGAGAAAGGAUGGUGGAAAAAUGAUAGAAAAACAGUAUGUCAUAAAAUAAAUGAUUUAGCGUGCCAGCAAAAGACAGGCAGCACAGUAGGGGAUAGGAAUAUGAUAGAAUAUCAGAUUCAUCAGAAAUGAAAACUUGACCUACAUAGAAGAGAUAUCCAAGGAAACAAAGAAGAAAUGGGAAAAGGGAGGAAGAAACUGGAAGAUCAAGAUAAAGGAACAAAGAAUAGAAAACCAGAUAUGUUUGCACAAGACACCAAAAAGUGCAACUGAAAUUAUGGAAAAAGUAAGCAGACAAACAGGAUAAAUGUGGUACUACAAAUAACUUAACAGAAAAGGAUGAAGAGCUGGAUUGAAACAGCUGUCUGCCAAAAUAUUGAGCUAUUAGCUACCUAAGUGAAUGACAUAGAGUUAGGAGUAUCUUUGGAAAUGAUUCUAGCAUCAGAAGAAUGCAAUACUUCCAGAACUAUUAUUUUCAAUCAAGAAAUGACAUUUGUAAAUAGCUAAACUAUAAAAAUGAAAAAGAUUAUACAUAACGGAUGGUAAGAUACAGAGACUUGAAGGGCAAACAGCUGAUUAAUUAUAUUGCACAUUGUGAAACAAAAUUUGUUUAUCUGUUAAGUAAUAUCACUCCUUGCUUUCACAUGGUUAGCAAGCACUGGGAGGACAGAGAAGUGGGGGACCUGAAAAGCAGUGUGGUGUUUAUCUCUUUUUAUCUUUUUGUCUUAAUGAUAUAUUAUUUGCUUGUGAUUUUUACCAAUCUUAUUGCUAAAAUAGGUGUGCCAACAUCCUGAAGAGCAACAAAUAUGGUCAUGGGGAAAGAUUUAUGAGUCACUAUUUGGGAUUGACCAGUAUUGACCAGUUAUAUAAGGCUGCAUAACAAAAUUAUGUCAAAGAUCUACUUUCAAUAGUUUUCAGUAGCUUAUGAUUGAUAAUGUGCCUCGAUUUUUGCCAGUUUUAUUGAUGUAUUUAUCACUUUUUGAAGGCUUAAUUGUUAGCCAAAAUAUUUAUGUCUGCACUUGGAUCAUGUCUUUCAUGAGAGUUAGUCCAGAAUAUAUUACCUUGCAUUAUCCCUCCUUGUGCUUUACAUGUCUAUUUAUUGAAUUAGACAAUGAAGUGAGAUGUUUUGGGCAACAAUCCUUUUCCCAUGAAAUGGAAUUGCACUGAUGGGUCAGCAGACUGGUAUGGAAACCUUUUGUUUGUGUGCCACAUCAAAGGCUUUGUAAAAUUUAGGGUACUAUGGGAGAUGAUUUUGCGUCCACUCCAUUGUCCUCCUCCCUCUUUUUCAAUUCCAAACUCAGUCAUCUGAUACAUACACUUUAGUGAGUAGGAUUUAUGAGUUGGAUUUUCUCUGUCUCAGUUUGAUAUAACUUAAGAUUAUUUAGGUCUGAUGUAUGAGAAAGUUUAAUGCUGUUGUGCAUAAUGAAUAAGAUGUCUUGUAAAAGGGUUAAGACAGGUGCAGAUAGAAUGAAACACAUUUUUAGUAGCAAGUGAAAUUGCACAAAUAAAUUGUAAAUUGUGUUAAUUUAGGGACUGAAAACAUAUUAGAUAAGAAAUUAAAGUAAUGACUUGCCUAAUAUGGUUGCUAAAAUAAAAUCACUUGAUAAUUCUUUUUCUGAAUAAUUGACAGUCUCUUAAAAGCACUUUUUGUCGGUGCUAAUAAAAAGCAAAGGUAUUUGCAUUUUUAGAUUAAAUUUUCAAUCUAAAUAAGUGUAUAUACAUGAGGCAGGAAGUCUAGGCAUAAUAAUGAUGUCCGGACUCCAUUAAACACCACUUGAUUAACAAGAUUUGGAGAGAGAAGCAGAUAUUGAAGUGAAUAUACUGUAGACUAGUAAUGUUCUUUUUACUGAUUUUUAAUUAUUAUUAUUAUUAUUUUUUUAUUAGGCUUCAACAUAUUUUUGAGUACUGAUAUGAAAUUUAGAUUUUCUCUGGACAUUAAUAGCCUUAUUAUAUUGUUCAGAUAAUAAGUUUGGAUCACAAUAAAACUGAUGGAGUUAGUGAGGAAUAUUGUUACAUAUUUUGGAUAUGAACAAGCAAAAAGUCUGGUUGGUGAAUCUGUGAUGUUCUAGCGAGGGUAAUAGCUUUAAUGACAAAAAAAAAAUAGUUUUAUAUUUCAAUGUUUUCAAGUGUUGUUAUAGGCUUUCCGGAUUUUUUCAUAUAAAUUAUGUGUGGUAAUAUUUUAACAGAGAAAUGAAUGUAUUUUGUGUUAUAUCACAGUUAGAAAUUUUAGAUGAAGUUAGAUGUCACUGCGACUGCUUAUUUUUUUGCACUUGUGUGUGAAGAUAUUAAUUACUAGGAUGUGAACCUUGUUGAUUAUAUAGACUUCUGUAACAACAGACAGCUAUGUUUUUUUUAGGCAUUUGUUUUAUUGUUAUUCUUGCUCCCAGUAACCAUCCAUACAUGUGCCUUUAUUGAUGCAUUGAACAGGGAUAUGGUUAGUGUCGAUGUUCAAACUCUAUGUGUGAAAAAAUACUUUUAUGCCUUUUCUGAUGGUGCCUGGCUUGAAAGACCUUCCUGAUUUUUCACCAUGUUUAAAUCUUCUAAACGUAGAUCAUGCUUGAAAUCAGGAAUAUAUCAUGGAUAAAGGAAAAGAAAAUUCACUUUGAUUAGAUUGAGUGUAGAGAGAUUUAAGCAAACGAAAGAAAGGAAGCUAUUUAAUAUUAAUUAUAAACUUCAAAAGGAUGAAAAAAUUAAGAACUUCAUGUGCUCAUAGGAUAGGAAAAAUGCAUUGAUUGUUAGUUUAUUUCCUUUUUUAUAUUCCACCUCAGAUCAUUCAAAUUUGGAUAUGUGGCAUAUGGAUAAUUGAAACUUUUUUUAUUUUUUUUUAUUUUUAUGGUUUCACUCAGUGUGCACAUUUUCCUAGGAACGAUGAUAUCUGUAUUUCAUCCUUUUGAGGUUCAGAACGAAUAUCUCAACUCUUGUUUCAGGAAAGAAAACAGGUUGCUAUGUUGGAUUAUAUUCAUAUUUCAUUUGUUUUCCUCUUGUUUUGUGUUCAUUCAUGGUAGUUUUACUAUCAUCUGUAAGUUCUCAAUGAAGUUAAGUAUAUUGGU